CUUUCUGGCUAAUGAUUUUCUGGGCUGGACGUAGUUCAAGCGUGGCAUGUUUGUCUGUUUAUAUCUCUCGUUAGUUUGUACCUUUGUCACUCUAGCAGAAUAACCUGGCUUGUACACGGACCACGGCCACCAUGUGGCCGCGACUUUUUGCAAAGGUGCGCAGCCCUCGUGGAUCUCUCCCCUGCAGCCGGGGGACACCGGGACGGUGUGGACGUUUGACAGCCCAGCAGAACCUGAGUACAGGUGGACCUCUCCGAAACGACUUCUUUAAAGAGCUGGAGCAGCACCUGGCCGGGAUGAGGAAGAAGGCGGCCGGGGCCCUCACGGGCAGCAGCUGGGGGUCACUGCGGGGCAACCCCGACCUCCCUCCCAAGAGGGCGGACGUCGUCAUCGUGGGAGGGGGGGUCAUGGGCUGGUCCAUAGCCUACUGGCUGAAACAGAAGGAGAUGGUCCAAGGAGGGUUGCAGAUUGUUGUUGUGGAGAGAGACUUAACAUACUCCAAGGCCUCCACGGUGCUGUCGGCGGGGGGGAUCCGCCAGCAGUUCUCCCUGCCGGAGAACAUCCACCUCUCCCUGGCCUCCGCAGACUUCAUAAGGAACAUCAAUGAGCAUCUCGGCGUGCUGGGCGAAGACCCGGUGGACCUGCAGUUCAACCACUCAGGGUACCUCUUCCUGGCCAGUGAGAAGGCGGCACACAUCAUGGAGCAGAACUACAACACCCAGAGACAGGCCGGGGCCAAAGUCGCUCUCCUCUCUCCAUCACAACUGAAGGAGAAGUUUCCGUGGGUAAACACGGAGGACGUGGCGCUUGCUUCCCACGGGCUGGAGAACGAGGGCUGGUUCGACCCCUGGACUCUGCUGAACGCCUUCAGGAGGAAGGCCAUCUCCAUGGGGGUCAUCCAGUGCUGCGGUGAAGUCACAGAUUUUAAAUAUACAAUAAAUGUGAUGAUGACUGCUGAUGGGGAGCGUUUGGAUGUGAGGAGAAUAAACCAUGUCAAAGUGCAGAUGCCCAACAGCCUGGAGUACCAGCCGGUGGAGUGUGCCCUGGUGGUGAACGCAGCGGGGGCCUUUUCUGGGAAACUGGCAGAGAUGUUGGGAAUCGGACUCGGCUCCAAGGGCUCCAUCGCUGGAGUCCCAUUUCCUGUUGAGCCUCGGAAGAGAUACGUGUACGUGGUCCACUGCCCUGAUGGUCCGGGUCUGGACACUCCGUUCCUGGUGGACUUCUCUGGAGUUUACUUCAGAAGAGAGGGGUUGGGAGGAAACUACAUUACUGGAGUUUCACCAGAGGAGGGGGAGGAGCCAGACACCGGGAACCUGGAGGUGGACCACCAGUUCUUUGAGGACAAAAUCUGGCCCAGGCUAGCACACCGUGUUCCUGCUUUUGAGAAACUUAAGGUGGCCAGUGGCUGGGCGGGUUUCUACGACUACAACACCUUGGACCAGAACGCCAUCAUCGGCACGCACCCUCUGAUCGGCAACAUGUACUUCGCCAGCGGCUUCAGCGGCCACGGCCUGCAGCACUCCCCCGCCGCGGGCCGGGCCGUGGCAGAACUCAUCGUGGACGGGAACUUCAAAACGCUCGACCUGAGGAGACUGGGUUUCAAUCGGGUUCUGAUGGAGGAGCCCGUGUUGGAGAAGAACAUUGUAUAACCCUAGUUGUUGUUGUAAAUAAGAGAGUAACCAGGAUAGAUAUUUGUUUGUUACACAGAUUACAUCGUGCCACUACAGAGUUAAAGUGGUUAAGAAGGAAUUUAGGAUGGUUGAGAUGUUACAGCUUUAAAAUGCUAAAGUAUCCUCACAUCAGGGUUGUUUUAUUAUUUUUAAAUGUCAGAGGCUGCUGGUAGUGAGCUCAGUACAGCAUUUGGAAGUUAUUGUUUCAAUAACUUGACAGUAAAGACUGUUUUUAUACAAUGUGCUGCUAAAGAAGACAUAUUAUGCCUUUUUUUUU